AUGGUUUUCUUCCAUGCACAUAACUUUUAUUUUGCUUUUUCAUUUUACAUCUGAAGCUGAUUUUAAAGGAGAAUGAAAAAACACUUUAUACAGAAAGCUAGUUGUAAGGCCUUGGCUGCUGGGCUGUGUCCUCUAAUGCCUUUGAGUUGUACAGUUUCAAGUAGCCAACACUAAUGCCAUGAUGAGCUAUGGCAGCUUUCCCUCGAUGCUAUUUCUUGGUUUUUGACAAGGCACUAAAAGGAGAGAUCAGCAUACUGCUACGAUGCUCAGGAAAACUGUUGGGAGCUGACCUGAGUGGGUCAGGAAGUAUGAAUCCGCAACACGGAGUAAUGAAUUUUACACCCUUAAGCACAAAUCACAUGGUUUGUUUUGCACUUUCCUUUCACACAACACUCAAAGGGGGGAUCAGAUAUCACAGAUCAAUACAUCUCAUACCAGUCAAGACGGAUGGUUCGGGUAUGGGCUGUCCUAUCAGGGUCUAGUCUUUCCAAAGGGGAAGCCGGUGCAGUAGAGACAGUCCAGCGGAGUGACGAAUCCAUGAGAGAGCAGGAGCACAGGGGAAAUGAGGAGCAAGCCUUGGAACUUUACGUCUGUUGUCUAGUGUCAGAGACCUCUGGGAUGAACUUGCACAGGCACUCUAUGUCCAGUUCUUUAUAUAGUCCAGUGCAUCCAUCCAGGGGUCAGAGAUAAGAGGAAACAGUACACACCUGAUUUGGGCAUUCACUGGCAUGCCCUUUAAGGUGGGGUAUGUCUAAGCACAUAUGGUGUUAUCUGAUUUGGGCAUUCACAAGCAUGCCUUUUAGAGUGGGGUAUGUUUACAGAGGCAGUAGGUGUGAAAGCAGGCAAAACCUGACAUAAGUAACUCCAUUUUGGAAGCCUGCCAUAAGCAACUCCAUAUUGGAUGCUUAUAUCAGUAGCUAAACUGUUUUCAUGACCUCUGAAAGACCUUCCUAACCCAGAACAGCUGACCUCACAAUCUGGCCAUAGAUCAUAAAGGGACCAAAUUAAAGCUUGGACUGGACCUUAACUCCAUCAACACCAGAAAAAGGGUUUAAAGUCCUGGCCUUCUAAACUAUAGGUCAUUUUUAUGCUCUCUCAGUCCUCUCUAAACACGGGUGAACACAGGCUAAUGUGUUCUCAGUAAGCAGCUUCAUACUUUAAAUAACACAAAGGAAGUGAAAACCAGUCACAUGACUACAGUAUGCUCAGCAUGUCAUUAUUCAGUUCUGUUGAGAAUACACACACAGCACACCUCACAGGCUAUAUUUUGGCUGUUACUGAUAAUGGAAUCCAGGCCUUUUCUGUCUACCCAUUAAAUAUACUAAUCCUUUUGACACCAGACAGUCUAUCAGGUCUCCCCUUAGGCAAGCCUUCCUGCUGCAGCCAGCUGUGGGCAGUUGCUUCCCUGAAGCUCUCUGGUAUUUCAAAUGGCAAAAGCCACAAAGCCUAGUACAGCUUAGGUCCUGCCGUACAUACUGGUGCCAACUCCCUAAAUUCUUUCCCUCAACUUUUGUGCUUUCUCAAUCCUUAAACUAUACUGAUUUGAUCAUCAUUUUUUUCUUUGAUCAGUGAGUCACCUAAGCAGGUCAGUUUAAGCCAAAAAUAGUCACUCUGGAACCUGGUUUAUUUGGAUUAGCUAUUACAUUGAGUAAUCAAUUUAUUUAACUUCGAUUUUGUAUUUCAUUAACCUUACAACAGAUUAAAACCCCCAGCUAUGUAAAGUUUUUUUUUGUGGUGCUUUUACAAACAAUGUGUUAGUUGUUUUUUUCUCCACUAUCCCUAUUUUUAUCUUUAAUUAUCAUUUCCCACUAAAGGGAAUCAGAACUCCUUGGAGAAAUGGCUGAUUCCAGGUCCUGGGUAGGAAAUGUACCAGAUUAGCCUGGAACAAAAUAAUGAAGAGGGGUAUGUGGGAGAAGACAGUGUAAAUGAAACAAGAUUGACACAAGUCAGUAUUUGUUGAAAUUGGGUGUUGGGUACAGAGGGGUUCUUUAUAGUAUUCUACUUAUGUAUAUUUUUAUUUUUUGCCAUAAAAAGUUUUUAAGGAAAGCUAAAAAUAACUGGUAUUUAAAAAAAAUGAAACAGUAAUAGCAUGCACAUGGUAAAACAAGUUUUCUAAUAACACAUAAACUUACACAAUGAAUAACUGAGUAUCCUACCCAGACCCUCCUCAGCAUAAUCUUAGUAACUAUUUCCCAAGUAUUUUCAAUGAUUUCCAUGAAUAUAUAAAAUAUAUAUGUACAUACAUUUAUUUUUUAAAACCACAAAUGGUAGCAUGCUAUACACAUUGUCUUAUGCCUUACAAAGUUUUUAGUAGUUUUAAUUCAAUGAGUAUGUUUACACACUACAAUACCGUGUAUUUUUAUGCUUUUAUAUGUUGGGCUUCUUUCAAGUUCUUUGAUCUAAUCAAGACAUAAAAGGCCCACAUUUUCACUUUCCUCAAGAUUAUUUAGAAAAGGAAAAACGGCUAAACAAGCUAAACAGGUUGCAGUCCCUAAUCAUAAAAGUUUUCAAGUUUAGGGUAUUAAUGUCACCUUGAAAAAUGUCAUGAUUAAAAACACCUCACAUUCUCUACUACACAUUGGACCUGGAGAGAUGUAGUUGAGAGAAUCAAUACAAAAAUCGUCCUCUCUGCAAGGAUACUCAGGAACACUGCAGAAAGCCUAACCGCUGUGACGAACUCAGCACUGCUUCCCUUCACCUGACAGUGAGCAGCACGACAAAGGCUGUACCUGUUCUUGUCUCGAUACCCCAGCAACCGGGCACGGGUGCUUUAUGAUCUUACACAAUAAAGGUCUGCGGAGAGAAUGAAAAUUGGGUUUUGAAGCGGAUGAUGCUCGAAGGAGCCGAGACGGAUUUAGAGUGACAGCAACGUGGCUGUACUACUGGGUUCAAAUAUAAACUAACUUUGCGUGUCCGGAAAUACAAGAAAUUACAGGAAAAAACGACAUAUCUGCAUGGAGCGUAGAUGUCACUUGAUUAACACGGAAGAGCAUUACAUAUUAAAAAACAAUACAAAACAGUAUCUGGACUAAAAUCCACGUGAAUUCGCAACAUAAACCAGGAAGCCCACAGACUCGUCCCCCGUGGCCCAGGAGUUCCGGCCACGCCCGCGGGUGGCGAAGCUGGGAGUGUCUGUCACUCCCCUGGAUUGCCCGGAAUACUUGGGCGGGUACCGGGAGCGCCAAGGAGAGCCGGGCUUCCGAGCGCGGGCUGCGUCUUGGCUGUGCGGAUUCCUUGUUGCAGGACCCUGAAGGGCCCUCGCCGGACCUCAGCACCGCCCCGGGCCGUCAGUGUGACCCGGGACUUUGUGAACUAUGAACUCCUGGCCCUGCCUGCCCUGUGGGCCCCAAGGACCGAGGGCGGCGCUCUUGCGCGCGGGGUGGGGGCUGGGAAAAUGGGGCUUUUUCAUGUUGGUCACGCAGAGGCCAGAGGGUAAGAUGGUGUCCGCUGGGGACCCCGGGACGGCUUCCUGAGGGAUUCGUGAGCCUUGACAGUCGGAGGGCCUACCCAGCUCCUAGUACCGCAAAGGUAGUUAGUGGGAAUCCCAGAAGUUUCCAGCUCCGAGAACCAAAGUACAGCCAAAGCACGCAGCGAGACUGAACAACUGCCUAAAGCGCGAGGAGACGGACCCAGCUCACAGUCACCAUCUCGCGACGUCUUUGUGACGUCGCACUGCAAAAGCGUUUUUUACUUUCACCUUCAGUCGGCUUCCUCAGUAUAUGGGUCUACCCCUUUAAGCGAGUGAUCGACAGUUAUUGCGGCCUAUCAACGUCCUCGUCAACAUCCAAUCAGAUUUAAACUCCUUUCAGCCGCCGGAGGAGUUGGAAGAAGGGGUCGAGAGGGAGCGCUCUUACGCUCGCUCGCUCGCUCGCUCUCUUUCUCGCGAGAUCUCCAUGAGCCGGCCUUUCAGAAAAAAAACCGCCAGACCAGAUGGCCCGACUUUCCAAAUAGUGGGUUAAGGGACCGCGUCACAAACCAAUGAAAGGGAUGAGGGGUGGGAUCACUGCUUUUACCGCGCAAGAAGUACCGUUACAGGGAGACUUUUUGUCCAAUCAACGCCUCCAGACUUUGGGUCAGGUGACCACAGAAUAUGAGGGGCGGAGCUAUAGCCGGGCGCGAGGAACCGUUGAGAUGGACAACGAAUAUAACCAAUGAGGUAUCUGACUACGGCGCCGUGAACCCAAUUACAGUGGAUGGGCGGGCGCCUUCCCGGAGCGCGGGGAGAUGAGAAGAUAGACAAAUAGUUUUCCCAAUGAGACUGUAGAAGACAGGAGCUAACUGACCAAUGAGGACUGCGGGGCGGGAUCCGUUGCCGCGGCGGAGUCCAAGAUGGCGGCGUGCGGCUCCGCUGUGUGAAACGCUCGCGGGGCGGCGGGUCAAUCUGCUCCACGGAGACGACCUCCGACGGCCCGCAACAAUGAAAGGAAAAGAGCGCUCCCCGGUCAAGCCUAAACGCUCCCGUGGUGGUGAGGACUCGACUUCCCGCGGGGAGCGGAGCAAGAAGUUAGGGGGCUCUGGUGGCAGCAAUGGGAGCAGCAGCGGAAAGACCGACAGCGGUGGCGGGUCGCGGCGCAGCCUUCAUCUGGACAAGUCCAGCAGCCGAGGCGGCAGCCGCGAGUAUGAUACUGGAGGGGGCAGCUCCAGUAGCCGCUUGCAUAGUUACAGCUCCCCAAGCACCAAAAAUUCCUCGGGCGGGGGCGAGUCGCGCAGCAGCUCCCGGGGUGGAGGCGGGGAGUCACGUUCCUCUGGGGCCGCCUCCUCAGCUCCUAGCGGCGGGGACGGCGUGGAAUACAAGACACUUAAGAUUAGCGAGUUGGGGUCCCAACUGAGUGACGAAGCGGUGGAGGACGGACUGUUUCACGAGUUCAAACGUUUCGGUGAUGUAAGUGUCAAAAUCAGUCAUCUCUCGGGUUCUGGCAGCGGGGAUGAGAGAGUAGCCUUUGUGAACUUCCGGCGGCCAGAGGACGCGCGGGCGGCCAAGCAUGCCAGAGGCCGCCUAGUGCUCUAUGACCGGCCCCUGAAGAUAGAAGCUGUGUAUGUGAGCCGGCGCCGCAGCCGCUCCCCUUUAGACAAAGAUUCUUACCCUCCCUCAGCCAGCGUGGUUGGGGCCUCUGUAGGUAGUCACCGGCACCCCCCUGGAGGAGGAGGUGGUAGCCAGAGAUCGCUUUCCCCUGGUGGCGCAGCCUUGGGAUACAGAGACUACCGGUUGCAGCAGUUGGCCCUUGGCCGCCUGCCUCCUCCCCCUCCACCACCAUUGCCCCGAGACCUGGAAAGGGAUCGGGACUACACGUUCUACGAGAGAGUGCGCCCAGCAUAUAGUCUUGAGCCAAGGGUGGGAGCUGGAGCAGGUGCUGCUCCUUUCAGAGAAGUAGAUGAGAUCUCACCCGAGGAUGAUCAGCGAGCGAACAGGACGCUUUUCUUGGGCAAUCUAGACAUCACUGUGACAGAGAGUGAUUUAAGAAGGGCCUUUGACCGCUUUGGAGUCAUUACAGAAGUAGACAUUAAGAGGCCUUCUCGGGGUCAGACCAGUACUUACGGCUUUCUCAAAUUUGAGAACCUAGACAUGUCUCACCGAGCCAAAAUAGCAAUGUCUGGUAAAAUUAUAAUUCGGAAUCCUAUCAAAAUUGGUUAUGGUAAAGCUACACCCACUACCCGCCUCUGGGUAGGUGGUCUGGGACCCUGGGUACCUCUUGCUGCCUUGGCAAGAGAGUUUGACCGAUUUGGCACCAUACGCACCAUAGACUACCGCAAAGGUGAUACUUGGGCAUAUAUCCAGUAUGAGAGCCUGGAUGCAGCUCAUGCUGCCUGGACCCAUAUGCGGGGCUUCCCACUUGGUGGCCCAGAUCGUCGCCUUAGAGUAGACUUCGCAGACACAGAACAUCGUUACCAGCAGCAGUAUCUGCAGCCUUUGCCGUUAACCCAUUAUGAACUGGUGACAGAUGCUUUUGGACAUCGGGCACCUGACCCUUUGCGAGGUGCUCGGGAUAGAACACCACCCUUGUUAUACAGAGAUCGUGAUAGGGACCUUUAUUCUGACUCUGAUUGGGUGCCACCUCCGCCUCCAGUCCGUGAACGCAGCACUCGGACUGCAGCUACUGCUCUGCCUGCUUAUGAGCCACUGGAUAGCUUGGAUCGUAGGCGGGAUGGCUGGUCCUUGGACCGAGACAGAGGUGAGCGAGAUCUGCCCAGCAGCAGAGACCAACCUAGGAAGCGAAGGCUGCCUGAGGAGAGUGGGGGACGGCAUCUGGAUAGGUCCCCCGAGAGCGAGCGUCCACGAAAACGCCACUGCGCUCCUUCUCCUGACCGCAGUCCAGAAUUGAGCAGUAGCCGGGAUCGCUACAACAGCGACAAUGAUCGAUCUUCCCGUCUUCUUAUCUUGGAAAGGCCCUCUCCAGUCAGAGACAGACGAGGUAGUUUGGAGAAGAGCCAGAGUGACAAGCGAGACCGUAAAAAUUCUGCAUCAGCUGAACGGGAUAGGAAACACCGGACAACUGCUCCCACUGAGGGAAAAAGCCCUCUGAAAAAAGACGACCGGUCUGAUGGGAAUGCACCCAGUACCAGCACUGCUUCCUCAAAGUUGAAGUCUCCUUCCCAGAAGCAGGAUGGUGCGACAGCCCCUGCAUCGUCGGCCUCUCCCAAACUCUGUUUGGCCUGGCAAGGCAUGCUUCUGUUGAAGAACAGCAAUUUUCCUUCCAACAUGCAUCUGUUGCAGGGUGACCUGCAAGUGGCUAGUAGUCUCCUUGUGGAGGGCUCAACAGGAGGCAAGGUGGCCCAGCUCAAGAUCACUCAGCGGCUUCGUUUGGACCAGCCCAAGUUGGAUGAAGUAACUCGACGCAUCAAAGUGGCAGGGCCCAAUGGUUAUGCUGUUCUUCUGGCGGUGCCUGGAAGUUCUGACAGCAGGUCCUCCUCUUCUUCAGUCACAUCAGACACUGCCACCUCUACUCAGAGGCCACUUAGGAACCUUGUGUCCUAUUUAAAGCAAAAGCAGGCUGCAGGGGUGAUAAGCCUCCCUGUGGGGGGCAACAAAGACAAGGAAAACACCGGGGUCCUUCAUGCCUUCCCACCCUGUGAGUUCUCCCAGCAGUUCCUGGAUUCCCCUGCCAAGGCACUGGCCAAAUCUGAAGAAGAUUACCUGGUUAUGAUCAUUGUCCGUGGUGUCUAAUGCAUGUCAGCAUGAAGUCCUCAUCACUGCUGUGUCAUCUUUUUUGGUUUCUACUGUGUAUUUAUAAAUUUUCUUUUUAAGUUUGGAGGUUUUCAUGUGUUUUGUUUUUAAACUGAAAAAACUAGCCAUUUUGAGAGAAGGAAGGAAGGUACUCCACUAUGAGCACAAAGAUCCUUGGUGUGCAUGUAGGGAAAAUGCCUGAAAUCCUACGGUUAAGAUUUUUGUGGUUUUGCUUUUAAAAAUCCGUGCUUGGCAUGCUAAUAGGGAGUAGACAUUUGUUCGGAAACUAAUGGAAGUCUGUAGUCUACAUACAUGGGGUCAAAGUGUAAUUGUGGCUAGAUACAUUUUUCCAGUUUAAAUAAUCUCACUAACCAUUAACUUUUUGGAUAUCUUGAUAAGAUGGCUGGACAAAUGAUUUUGCUCUUUUAGAGAGUGAAGUCCAUAACAUCUAAUUUUACUGUAAUUCAAAGUGUGUGUGAUUUCCCUUUCUCUUUUCUUCUUUUUUUUUUUCCUUAAGUUAAUGUGACAGCUUAAUGAAGAGUAGUAUGGAUUUUGUUCCAUGUUUGAAUCUUUAUCUGAUACCGCAACUUUUGUUAGAUCUGGGCAAUUUAUGCUUUAGUGUUUUUGAAACAAUGGCUUGAUACCAUUUCUAAGUGUAUGUAUUAUAAAUAACUAUUUAUGUUCAGUUUGGUACUUACCUAGAGAGUGCCAUCAUUCAGAUGAAUCUUAUUUGUGUUGCCCAUUCUAUUGUAUAGGUUCAUAAUAUUGGUAAACUAAACCUUCAGAAUGGAAUGAAAACAAAAGUCUAAAAUUAUCUGGUUCUAAUUCUCAUUAGCCAGAAUUUCAUAAUCUCAGCAUUUUGUAACAACCAUUGUUCUUUUUUUCUUUCACUUAAAAAAAAAUAUUUGAUUGAUUUUUCUGAAACUCAGUUCAAGUGAAUGGAAAAAAAAUUUCAUCAGUGUAUCAUUUAAUGACUUAUUAAGUAUUACUGGUGAAAAACAUCAAGCUAAUUAAGACUUAGAUCACAACUUCAAAGUUUAUGGAAAAAAUAAGCAGUCAUUCAGCUCCUAGCCAUUUUUUAAAUAUUAUUUUGUCAUUUGUAAGUGGGAUUUCUAUAAAGAGUUUUCCUCACAAAAAAUUAAAUCCUGGUUGUAUACUUUGACUCUCAAGUGAGAGUAUAUAGUUUUCUCUUUAAGGAUUACACCUUGAAAUGUCUAUUCUCUGACUGGUACAAGCUUUUGUCACAUUUUGAAGGUAUUAUAUUCUGGCCCUUAACUCGAAUUAGAUCAUUUGAGGUAUAGUAGUAAAAAGUAAGGUGUGUAUAUGUUGCCAUCAGAGUCGAACACUGUUUAAAUUUAUUUAAAAACUUGAUGUGCAGUUUUUCACUUUUUUGUUUUGUUUUAAAAAAUUUUUAAUAUACUUUCCUUAAACAGUGAAAUUGCUCGUAAUGCAUACAGCUUGAACUACAGUUUGGGUCCAUAUAGGAGCCAUUACCAAAAACCCUGUGGUAACAGAAUUAGAAAAUCCUCUUGAGACAAGAGGGCCUUACUGACCUUUUAUGUGAAAAAAAUUUUUGGAGAGAAUUUCUGGACAUUUUUUUUCUGCCUCUGCCACAGUGUUUGGUUUUGAAAUAGGAGUGAGGUCUGAGAACAAGAAGAGGAGAGAAGUGAAGCUGACCCUGUUAACAUUCUGGUUUGUAGUGAUGUCCCUAAAGGGAAAUAAUGAUUUCAGGUAGCCACAGUGAACUGUCUAGCUUAAUGAAGAGUUUUAUAUGUGUGAUUUAAAUGGAAAUGGAAGUAAGAGUCCUAAAUUGUUUUUUGGCUCUUUACCAAUUAUUUGUAAGAAAAUAAUAGCUGCUGUCUUUGCUGUUUUUGGUAACACAGAUAAAGGUGGAUUUUUAAAUGGCUUUGUAUCCUGGCCCCUAUCAAAGUAAUGGAGUAGUUCUGCAUUGCCCCAUAUAAAUUAUAGAAUGAAAAUGGGGUAAAAGUUUGACGAAACACCUUUUUAUAGUUUCAUUUUUCUUAAGUUAUAUUUAAAAUAUAUUGAUCAUAACUUGCAUCUUUCCUGAAAAUUUUUGACAUGUUUUACUCAGUUACCUGAGUAUAAAGGAUUAUUUUCAGUCCUAUAUCCUCACUUAAUUGCAGUCUUUAAAAAAAUCACCCUAUUGUUCUACUUGUUGUCUAUUUGUACAGUAAAUUCAUUUCAAGAUUUGUGCCAGUGGGUAUUAUUGGUGCUUUUUGAAGUCAAGGUGAACUAUCCAGGAAGGUCUUACUAACAUGUUCAUCUAUAAUGGCAUAGGGGAAAUAUAUAUAUUUUUAAUACUGUAAACAUUUGUACUGAAUAACCUUUUUUUCCCCCUGCAAACAAAACUGGUGAACAGCGGAUGAAGAUACAGAAUUCAAAGCUCUAAUGGACCUUUUUGAAGAGAAGUUGUGGCUUAUGUGGAGUUUACAUGGGCCUCUUGAUGGAAGAAAGCUAAUCUGUUUAGUAUUUGUGCAUUUUACUAAAAUGGCAGCUUAAAGUUGUGUAUCUGCUAUUGUGAUGCCAAUGCCGGUGUUUUAAGUGGAAAAAAAAUGACCUCUUGCUUUGUGCUGUGUACACAAGAUUUCUGGAAAAGUAAAGAAAAACCCUUUUUAUGGCUCACACAGCUUAAAAGUAGCUGUCACUCAAACGUGCGCUCACAGUUGAGCUGCUUUUGUUUUAUUCUAAAUAAAUUGUUUCUUUUGAGGAAAAUGUU